AUGUCGCGCAGGGCCGCGCGCGUCGCAACCCUCGCGGUCGCGGCGAGAGCGUCCGCGUCGUCCGCGAUCGGCGCGUCUCGCGCGGCACCCUCAGUCGGCACCCUCGCCCCCAUCUUCGCCCCUCGUCCGAAGAUCUCGCCCCCGAACCGCGCGGGCGGGAUCGACGCGCGCGGGUUCGCGGGGGUCGCCGCCGCGCCUCGGAACGCGCCGACGGGCGCGUCCACGUCCAAAGACGGCGGCGGUCGCUCGUGGCUCAGCGUCGCCGCGAUCGCGUCCCCGUCCGUCGUCUGCGCGUUCCUGUGCAAGUGGCAGCUCGACCGGUACGAGCUGAAGAAGACCGCGAUCGACGCGCGCGACGCUGCGCUCGCGGCGCCGCCGCUAACGUCGCGCGACCUCGCGGACCUCGCGAGGCGCGGGGAGAAACCGAAGGAGUACGCCCCGAUCGCGCUCGAGGGGACGCUGGAGACGUCGAAGACGGUCCACAUCGCGCCGAGGACGCGGUCGGUGUACGGCUCCCCGAUGCCCGGAAGCGUGGUCCUCACCGCGAUGCGUCCGAGGUCGCCGCGGGGCGCGCCCGUCGUCCUCGUCAACCGCGGGUGGGUCCCGACGGACUGGGAGGAGCCCAAGGGCGGGACGUGCUUGAAAACCUCUGGGGUGACGCGCGCGGGGGAGACCCCCGGGUAUUUCACGCCGACGAACUCGCCGGAGAAGAACGAGUGGCACUGGGUCGACCUCCCCGCGAUUUUGCGUCACCUGAAGCUGCCGGAAGAUACGCCGCUGGCGCAGGUCGCGCACGACGGCGACGCCGACCGAGGGACGGCCGCGCCGACGUCGUACCCGGCGCCGGUCGCGCUCGCGGACGUCAGGGCGUUCAAGGUGAGUCCGAGCGAUCACGUCAACUACGCGGCGACGUGGGGGAGUCUGUGCGUCGCCACCGCCGGGCUCGCGGCGUACGCUUUGUACGGCGGGAGGGGAGGAGGAGCCAACGCGGCGAAGAAGGCCGCGAGGGCGAUCGGCGGAUGA